CUCCCUGGAGAGAGAUGAAUGCGACAGCAAACCCUAGUGGUGGUGGUGGCUCUGGCGGUGGUGGAGGGAGCAGUAGUGGAGGCAGCUCCGGAGGAGGAGGAAACGCCGGACCGUGCGGUGCGUGCAAGUUCUUGAGGAGGAAGUGUGUGGCGGGAUGCAUAUUUGCACCCUACUUCGAUUCAGAGCAAGGAGCAGCUCACUUUGCAGCGGUGCACAAGGUGUUCGGAGCCAGCAAUGUCUCCAAGCUUCUUCUUCAUAUUCCGGCACACAAACGGCCCGACGCCGUUCUCACGGUUUGUUUUGAGGCUCAAGCUAGGCUCAAAGAUCCAGUCUACGGCUGUGUUGCUCAUAUCUUUGCUCUUCAACAACAGGUGGUGAAUCUACAAGCGGAGAUCUCGUACUUGCAAGCCCACCUAGCAACAAUGGAGCUUCCAUCACCUCCUCCGCCACCUCCGCCACUAAUUGCACAGCCUCUAGUCUCCAUUGCAGACCUUUCUUCAGCCCCCAUUCCCGCAGCAUACGAUUUGUCGUCGCUAUUCGAACCCAUGGUGCAGCCAACGGCUUGGGUCAUGCAACAACGUGCAUUGUUUCACAACCAACAUCAACAGUUCGCAGGCGGUUCCGGUGGCUCCUCAUCGAGUGGAGGUGGUAGUGGUGGUGGCGAUCUUCAAGCUUUGGCCCUUGAACUGCUCCACAGGCAUAAUGGUUCUCCGUCGGGGUCGGUGCCGUGCACCGAGGCUUCACCAUCUCGGUCUCUGUCCAAAUGAGGCCGAUCAAUGUCCGGAGCUAAUUGAUCAAUAUUAAGCUAAAGAGUACUUGCCUAAUGAUGAGGGGUAUGCCGAUCAUAUAUAUUAGCAUAUCAUUAGCUAGGUU